GCAUUGAUUUUAAAGUAAAAACAAUUUCAUGUGAUAAUACAACUAUGAAACUUCAAAUAUGGGAUACAGCUGGCCAGGAAAGAUUUCAUACAUUAACUACUAAUUUUUUCCGAGGAGCACAUGGAUUUGUUCUUGUUUAUGAUAUCACAGAUGGAAAAAGCUUUCAAGGAAUUUCACACUGGAUGAAAGAUAUAUAUGAGAAAGUAGGUGAAAAUACAGACAUAAUACUGCUGGGUAACAAGUGUGAUAAGGAGGCAGAACGUAUAAUUUCAAAAAACAAAGGAGAAAAGCUUGCUUGGGAAUAUGGAAUACCUUUCUUUGAGACCAGUGCAAAGGAUAAUAUAAAUAUUGAAAAUGCAUUUUUAGUUCUAGCUGAAGAAAUAUUGAACAAGAAUUCCUGUGUAUUACUCAACUUGGAUGUGGUGGAGCUAAAUGAAAAACUACAAACAAGAUCUUGCUGCAAAUUGUGACUGUGCAAAGAAAGAGAAAGUAACUAAUAUUGGUGACUUGUAUAUAUCAAAGCCUCGAAUCCCUAACCUAUUACUCAGUUAUUACUGAUACUAACAAAUGAACAGAUUAUUUAUCCAUUGACACUUUAUGUAAUUGCUGUUCCAAGCCAAACAUUAGAUUUACAUUAUAUAUCAUAAUCAUAAAAGUUAUUCAGAAUGGAAGAGUAAAAAAAAAAACUAUCUUUGAGUUUUGGCCAUCAUAGCUUAUUUAUACAAUAAACCUAAAAGGUAAACAUGACAUC